AUGCCUCGAAGGGGAUGUUCUAAAUUUCAUCAGCUCUCAGAUCGAAGUAAAAGGAGGCGGGUGAAUGAAGAUGAAGGAUGUUCUAAUUGGCCCAGUAAUUCAGAUGAUAAUUUUUCUUCAAGGCUUUAUUGUACAAAAAAAUUUUUUAACACUUCUGUGAUUAAUACCGACCCAGCUAAUGAUAUUAAUACUUUGGAUAGUUCACAGUAUAUUUUUUAUAAUCAAGUAUUUGAAGACAAUGAUCAUCUCUCAAAUGAAGAAGUUGAAUUUAAUGAUAGCAAUUAUGAAAAUAAAUUUUUAGAUUCUUCAUCUAGUGAAACCAUAUUUGAAGAAUAUUCUUCUUUAGGUUUCCAAAUGAAUAAUACAUACACUUAUUGCUCUGAAUCAACCACAACACGCUCUUCGGGUAUUAAAAACUUCUUACGAAAUUGGGCUAUAAGACACAAUAUUACUUAA